AUGCUCUUCCUCGCGCAGAAUUCGUGGCUGCGAUAUUUUACGGAACUAUCAAAUUCCAAUAAUGUUCCUUCUGAUACUGCGCUUCAUGCCGGUAAUAGCUCAGAGGUGGACUUUGAGCAUGUCCUACAACGGACAAUUGCUGAAUACGGCGCUUUGCGUGACCAUCUGGAGAUACUGGAGCGUAAAUUACACAAGAUGCUCGAGAUCAAAGAGGCAAAAGCACGGAAUGACUACGAAGUGGCCAAACGAAACCUAGCAUUGUCCGAAAAGGAGGUUACAAUUGUAAGACGUAUUAUGGAUAAAGAGAAAGGAUUGGACGACGACGACGUGACUGUACGCGCAGAACGGUUCGCAGACGCGGACGACGCCGCACGUGGUGGAGGGGCGGAAGCGGACCCCAAAGCGGAAGAUAUUGUCAUAGUCGAAGGAGAAAAGAUACUCCCUCAUGCACCGGUACACUCUUCACCACGCACAAGCAUGCACGAUGUCGAGCACCUUCGACAACGACUCGCAGAGGAGCAAGCACUCAGGAACAAUGCCGAAGAGCUUUUAUCCACUUCACGAACACAACAAGAGCAAGAUCUACACCGCACCCGCGCUGCCCUUCAAACGAGCGAAGCCGCCCGCGUGAAAGCCGAGAAUCAGGCAUCAGAGGAGGCACGUGCACGAAGUAUGGCAGAGAAUGAAGUUCACCGUCUCAGAUCCGAACUUCGGUUGGUCGGCAUGGACGCAAAGCAGAACAGCGUCGCGUUUAAUUUGGCUGGAGGAAGUGCUGCCGGUGCUGGUAGCGCAAACGCAGCAGAGAGACGGGAUGCCUGGCUAGAAAGUCGAACCGGAGAAGAGUUGCAGGAUAUACAGAAUGCGGUUGGACGUGCGAUUGAGUCGUACAACAAGCGGCGGGCGAUGGAGGCGAAGAAGCGCAAGCUGAGCAAGCGACUCAAGUCUGGCUCAACAGAUGUCAUUGCCCUCAGCCGGAAUGGGAGCACGGCGAAUAUCGUUCCAGUCGAGGCGAAUGCAUAG